GACACAUUCUGGGGCUUUGAUCUCCAGACAUCAAAGCAGUUCCAUUCUGUACCUCGGCUGUGUGAAAGAGGGAGGUGGUACAAAGUCACUUCACCUUUCAGUUUCAACAGGUGAACAUUGUGAGACAACUUCAGACAGCUAGACAAGAUGACUCUGACACUGAUUAACACAGUUCAGUCAACCUACAACUGGACCAGGGAUCUGAUCUAUAGCUUUAUUGGCAGGCCAGGGAGUAAGGCUCUUAUCAAAGAGGUAGAGGAGCUGAAAACUCAGCUCCAAAGAGCGAUGGAGUACGGUGCCCUUCAGGAGCAGAGGAUCCUCCAGCUCUCUGAAAACCUGGAAUUAGAAACAAAUGAAAACUGUACUCUCUGGGACCAGAUUGUGGCUUUGAAUUCUAACCUACAUCAAGUGAAACAGCACAGGGAGAUGAACAGAGGCCUUUUACUGAGAGAAGAACACAAAUCUCAGGCACUUAGCCAAAAGCUGGAGGUAAUGCAAAGUCAGUUGGAUGAACAGACGAAGAAGAUGGUGGACGCUGAGAGAAUGAUUAACAAUCUCACUGCUUCAUACAACAAAUCAUACAAUCAGCUUGACACGGCAUACAAAGAGAUCUGUGAGUCACACAAGAUCCAGGAACAACAGUUGGCUGCACAGAAGAAACUGGAUGAGUCGUUGGUACUUAAGCUGAGGGAAACUGAGAGAGAGCUCCAGGAGCUCACUGCUUCACACAGCAAUCUCCAGCAAAGGUAUGACACCGACAUCAAGGCAGAAAAACAGAUGAAUGCAACCCUUCAGAAGAAGGUCGAGAUGCAUCUACACUCUCAUGCCAGGACGGUGUCAGAGCACAAGAAGCAGGUCAACGAUAUGAUUCUGCAGCAGAAUGCUUUCUGUCAGAAACUUGAGGACUACAAACUCAUGAAACAGUCUUUUUACCUCAACCUGAGGUCUAUUUAUGUCGACCUGAAGUCCAGUUAUAUUGAUCUGAAAAUCCAAUUUCAUGAUCAAACCUUAAAAAACACUGAGCUUGCUGCGAAGCUCAAGGCUGAGGAGGAGGCCAACCGGGUCCUCAGAACAAAAAAUGUCCGACUCUUGCAUCAGAUGUGCCAGCAGGAGGAGGUGUCCUCUGCUGUUUCACUGGACCCAGAACUUGUGGAGGAGGAGUCCCUCUGUGUCUUACAGGACCAAGAACCUGAGGAACAGGAGUUUGUCAGUGUCGUACAGGACCAAGAACCUGAGGAGUCUGUAAGUGUCUUGCAGGACACAGAACCCGAGGAACAGGAGUUUGUCAGUGUCGUACAGGACCGAGAACCUGAGGAGUCUGUAAGUGUCGUACAGGACCGAGAACCUGAGGAGUCUGUAAGUGUCUUGCAGGACACAGAACCUGAGGAACAGGAGUUUGUCAGUGUCGUACAGGACCGAGAACCUGAGGAGUUUGUAAGUGUCUUACAGGACACAGAACCUGAGGAACAGGAGUCAGUCAGUGUCUUACAGGACCAAGAACCUGAGGAACAGGAGUCCCUCUGUGUCUUACAGGACACAGAACCCGAGGAAGAGGAGUGUGAUGGUGUCUUGCUGGACUCAGAACCUGAGGAACAAGAGACAGUCAGUGUCUUACAGGACCAAGAACCUGAGGAAGAGGAGUCUGAUGGUGUCUUACAGGACACAGAACCUGAAGAAGAGGAGUCUGAUGGUGUCUUGCUGGACUCAGAACCUGAGGAAGAGGAGUCUGAUGGUGUCUUACAGGACACAGAACCUGAAGAAGAGGAGUCUGAUGGUGUCUUGCUGGACACAGAACCUGAAGAAGAGGAGUCUGAUGGUGUCUUACAGGACACAGAACCUGAGGAAGAGGAGUCUGAUGGUGUCUUGCAGGACUCAGAACCUGAGGAAGAGGAGUCUGAUGGUGUCUUGCAGGACUCAGAACCUGAGGAAGAGGAGUCUGAUGGUGUCCUUCAGGACCAGAACCUAUGGCAGCUUUCCUCUGCAUUGUCCAUGAUCAAGAACGCUUGGAGAGGACCGUCUGCGCUGCCCAUGAUCCCGAACAUAUGGAGGAGAUCUUUAAUGUUGUAUGGGAGCUAUAAUGUGUGAAAGAGGCUGAAUUCUCUGAGGAGAAGGCUGCGGAGAACAGAAAGCAGGAGUCAAAGUCCAUCAGUGACACCUGGAUAGAUUUCAUUCCUAGUGACUGUGACCCUUUUUUUCAGCGAUACUCUUAGCAUCCAUCAACCAUGACCCUUUUCAAAGAUCAGGAUUAGCCAGUCACAGGCAGAAUAGGACAGGCCGUGACAUCAGCAUACCUGGGAGGAACAAGACAUCUCCCAGAGGACGGCACAGCGGCUCAGUGGUUAGCACUGCAGCCUCACAGAGAGAGCUCGACCACACGGCUGAGUUCUCUCCUCCCUGUGACCGAGUGGGUUUCCCCCGAGUGCUUCGGUUUCUCCCACAAUCCACUGGAUAAAUGAAAAAAAAAAAAAAAUAGAUAAAAUAAAAUGAAAAAAAAAUAUAUAAAUGAAAUAAAAAGUAACAUACAAAUGUAAAA